CAAAUAAAUAAUGUGGACUCUAAGAAUUCUAUUGCAAAUAAUAAAAUGAUAUUUGGCGAUCAAAAAACUAUAGAAAAUACUAAGUCCUUUAUCCAGCAGUGUAACGCCAUAAGUUGUAAUACAUCUGACGCGAAAACAGAAAAGAAUAACGUUUCAGAAAAUUGUAAUGAUGAAGAUAUAAAAUGUGAAAUGAAGCAGAGUUUAUUUUUAAAAUUAACAGAUUAUAGUUCAAAUAAUUCUGACGUCAUAACAGACCGAAGUUGUAAUAAAGACUUUAGUAUACAUGAUACUAGUACAAAAGAAAAUAUAAGAAUAUCUAAUAAUUAUAUAGAAGAAACUGCUAAUAGUACCCCAAAUUCUAAAUCGAUUUGUACUAUAACUGAACUUUCAAGUGAUCAAAAAACAAACUUGGAUUUAUUGCGCAAAAUCAAAGAUAACACAUUCGAAGGAAACUCGUCUUUAUUCAGAAGAAAUAAUGUUGAACCAACAGCGGCAUAUUUCUUUUUCGCACGAAAGAAAGGUUUUAGAGAAUUCGAAUACUUAAAGAGAAGCAGAAAAUCAACCAAUUUGGUGAAGUACAAAAAUAUUUUUGAGGAACCCAAAUUGCAAAAGCCUUUCAGUAAAUGUAUGUUGCUGGGAAGAGUAACCGCCGUUAAAAGUUCCAAAGCAGAUGAGAAAAUUUGUAAAAUUGAUGACAAUUUUUCCAAAUCUGAUAAACGUUCUCAUACACACGAGUCGGUAGUUAGUAAAAAUGUAUCCAUCGGUGUCGUUUUGGGAAGUAAAGAAUUUAAAAAUAAAUGUAUUCAAGACAUAAUGAGUGCUUCUGAGUAUAGUAAAAUUGCAGAGAGAAUAUUACUAUCUAUUUUCGAAAAUCAUAACCCAAAUUCUUCAAGUAGCCCCGACUACGUCAAAACUUAUGUAAAUAAAAUCGUCGAAGAACUUUAUGAAGUCAAAUUACAUAAUACUGAUGUCCAUCCGGUCAAAAAGUUAUUCAGAUGUUUGUUAGAAUUUUGGUUAAAGAACAAUACAAGUGGAGCUUUUCAGAAUGUAACUAAAGGUACAAAGUCUAUUGGCCCUGAGGCCAACAGUAGUUAUACAGUUGAUAAAAUCAUAUCCAGUAUUCGAGUAAGCCUUCAGUCAAGAGGAACGCAGUAUCACCUCAACGCGUACGGUUUUAAACCGCCUCAGUCUUAUAGAAAAAGUAGUGAUGCUAGCAAACUUGUCGGUAAACCGCCGAAAGUAAAGAAAGAAAAAAUUAAACCACCUUUACACAGUCCGAGACGGGAUACAGAGAGCUUUGAAAAAGAACGCAGAGUACAAGAAUUAGAGAGAAUGUUAAAGAAUACUGUUUAUGUGUGCGACAAUAUACGUAGUGUUAAUAGCAAAGAAAAAGAUGUUAAAAUUACCAAAACGCUAUUGAAUAAUAUUGGAACUUUAUCUAAAACAACCAACAUAUACAACACUGGUAAUAACAAUGAGUCGAGUUCGUCCGCUGAAAUACCUAAAAUACAAGAAACUAUUGACAAUCUCAUUAGUGACACGAAGAUGCCACCUGCCAUUGCCAAAGAAUUUUUGAACGCAUAUCUAGGUGUACUUGACGACCCUAGUAAAAGUGCAACUGAAAACAGCACUUCUCCUUCGGGUGAUACUGUGGGGAAACCAGUUCAAAUAGAAUGUGAAGUUAUGACAGACGCCGUUCAAAAGAAAUUGUCUAAAAGCAUUAUAACUGAAAAUAAAAGUUUAGAUAUUGCCAAAGACAAGAACAAAGUUAUUGACCCAGGGCAACAGUAUCUGAAAGAUAUACUUGAUAAAGUAACAACAUUAUUCUCUAAAAUAAAUAUUGAUCGUGGUCAAAAGAACAGUGCUAAUAAAUCAAAAACACAAAAUAAAAUUAAAGAUGAACUAGGCAGAUCUGUUAAAGAGUAUCCUGGAAAGAAUUUAGUACGCGAAGAUUUCGCUAGUAACUCGGUGGUUAUCGAUUUAUCUAAAUACGACUUGGAGCACAUCUCGAUGUUCAGUGACCCAGACUUAAAGGGCAUUAUGUCUAUAACUAUUAAAUUAAAAGAAAAGCCAAUGAACCACGGAGAAACUCAAAGGGCAGCACAUUUAAAUUUGAAGUUUUCUGAUGACGCACUUAAGACUACACAAAUCGAAUCGAAACCUUGGAUAAAGCUAUCUAGUAAUUCGUCCAGUAAGAUUUUCGAUGCCAAGAAACGAAAUUGUAAACGUAAUAUCCUCGAUAUUAAUGCUGAGCAAAAUAUAAAUGACUUAAAACCUUAUUUAAGUAGCUGCGAAAUUGGUUCAAAGGCUUAUUGUAAAAUUGUCCAUGAGAGCGAGCAUUCUCUUGAUCUAUCAUUCAAAAGUAGCAAGUACUACCAACAUUCUACACACCAAGAGAAAAAUGAAGAUCCUCAGUCAUGUUAUAUCAUGUCAUUCCAAAAGAAUAAAAUAGCACCCAACCUGACGCAAGUGAAGAAAAGAGUAAGACUGAAAGAGUGUCACGGACUUGUACUUAAUUCUCGAACGAAUUCGUCCACUAAACAAAAAUCGAAGUACCCCGACGAGUACGGUGUUUUCGAAAAUCCUGCGCCCAAAAUUAUUGACGAGAAAUUCAUACUUUUACUAUUAGAGAAUUUGACAUUCCUUGCUAAAGAUUUACCAGGACUAUUCAAAGAUAUUAAUAGUCUGUACAUAAAGCUAAAGAAGAAACAUGAGAAGGUUGUUAAAAAUUGUGUAAAUAUUCAAGGACUAAGCUUAUUAGGGAAAAUAUAUAACGAGAAUAAUAAUAAUAAACCUAACGAUAUUGAAACCUGUAUUUCUACAAAAGAUUUUAGAAGCAAAACGCAUAUAGCUACGAGUACUAGUGAUAUUUCAACAGAAAAAGUUAUAGCAGAAACCAAUACUAGUAAUACGAUAAAUGAAAAUGUUAUAGCUGCGAUGAGCACUGGCAAAAUCAAGGAUGAAACGGUUGUAAUGGGCACCAACACUAGUAAUAUAGUCAACGCGAAGAAUACAACAGAAACCAAUACCGAUAGUGUUGAAAUUAUCGAUGAUAAAAAAGUAAAUGAUAUCACUAAAGUUCACAAACAAAACGAAGAAAUAAUGACUGAAGCGUUUAUACUUGAAAUACAGUCUCUCAACGAAGCUUCGUCUCCUAAAAGAGACGUUUACCAUUCCUAUAGUUCGUCUCAAACAAUCCGUUAUAAUGAUGGUUCUAGUAGAGAGCAGUUUGCCACUGCUGAACACGCAACUUCGCGUCAAAAUUGGUACAGUGAGAUAAACACUAAAGACUGUGCCAUAAGUACAGUGAUCAAAUGUAUUUUGAACAAUGAUUAUGAACUACGCAAACCGAACAAACUCGCGAAUCCAGAAGUUUCUGUCCCUAAGAAAUCUAAAAAGGAAAGAAAAGCUACUAAACACGAUUUGAUCAAAGAAAUACGUUUGCUAUCACCUUCAUUCAAAAUUACUACGCCUUCGCAAACCGAUCAGAACUUUCAGACAGAUUAUCAUGUGUUUCAAGUUUACACGAAUAAGAAUGAAAUUGAUAGUAUGAGCGAUUCUUCAGAGAUAAGGCAUUGGAGGAGUGAAAUUAAGUUGUUGUACAAAUGCAGAAGUGAACCGUCUCUUACAUCUGGUUAGCAUUAUUAUUUUAUUUAGUAAAAACAGUAAAAAAUGUAUGAUUAAUUUUGGCCGUUAACUUGUAUCGAUAAUUUGUAGG